UAAUUAAAAACCUGCUCCCCUAACUACGAUGUUUUUUUUACAGCAGUGUUUCUCUAAGAAUUAGAUCACCCAUGCUCUUGUUACUGAAAAGAUCAACAGCCCACACUGGUUUGCGAUGCUAUGCAUCAUUACCCAAAAGAGCAAUGUUACCCACCAAAGCCAUACCCAAGAAAGCUGCGGGCCGAUUCACCAGCAACAAGUUGAUCGAUCAACCUAUUGAAGGUCAAAUGAAGGACGUGCAACAAACACUUGUCUACCUUGGUCCGUUUGCUGAGACGAUGAGACGAUACAAGAUGACAGCUUCGUUCUUUGGUAUUUGUGGUAUUUUUGCUGUACCUGCGUUAUUAAGUACUGGCCAAGCGCCUGUGAUGAGCGUUGCAUUAGCGGGAGUAUCAGCAGUUUCUCCCGCCGUGUUUGUGCAUUUAUAUACAAGUGGAUAUGUUACUAAAUUAGUGGUGUACGACGAUAUAAAGACUGUUGAAAAGGAGCGAAAGAAGCCCAAGGAAAUGAAGGAUAAGUUUAUCGGAAUUGAGACGGUGUCAUUUUGGGGGCAAUUUAAAGAGGAUACGAUGUGGUUAUCUCAAUUGGCCUAUAAAUCAACACCCAAGGGGAUUACAUGGCAACAAAAGAUUGGAGCUAAAAACACGUAUACGAUGGAGCGUGAGAUUAUGGAAGCCGAUCCGUAUCUAAAGGCCUUGGUGGAUAGGGUCCAGCGAAAAGAAGCAUGACAUCAUAAACUUGUUGAUUGGUUCCGCCCCUAAAUUCAGAUAAAAUAAAUUAGAUAAUUUUUUUUUUCAAUUUU